AUGGAAUGUGAAGCUGAUGGAGAACCGAGAAGACCUGAUAUGGUACGAUGGCUGCGAAAUGGGCAGGAGUUGAAACUUUAUCCGACCGUUUCAGGUGGACGAGCUCGGGUAAGAUGCAGGGCACAUGCUGUUCCUGACGCUGAUUUUGUUUGGGACAGAGCUGGAGAGAUUAUUCAGGGAAAUAACACCAAAUACGGGAUGUCUACCAUUCAAAUCGACUACUCGACUUUUGAGAGCAACUUGUGGAUCAGCAACAUAUCACCAGACGACUAUGCCAAAGAAAUUAGUUGCACUGCUAGGAAUAGCUUUGGGACAGAUAGUAUACAUAUUCCAAUUGGGCCACCCUCCCCUCCGGAUGCACCACUAGAUAUCCAUGUCACUAAUACAACCUCCAGCACGAUCUCUAUCUCUUGGACACCAGGAUUCGAUGGAGGAUUUGAACAGACUUUCGAAAUUAGAUACCAAAAGGAUGGGGAGGAUGUCAUGCAUGGAAUAAACACUUCUCAUUCGAAUCUCCGGCUUUCUGGCCUGGCUCCUUCGUCCGUUUAUCUAUUCCAAUUACGUUCAAUCAACAGUAGAGGCUUUUCUUCGGAGUUGACACGACCACCGGCUGCCUUUGCCACCUUAAGCGAAGACGGCACGACUGUGGCUGUUAUUGCUGGAAAGGCCGAAGGAGCUGUUCAUUGCGAACGCGAAGAGCACGACAUUCCCGAAGCAAGUGAGGAUGACCACAGUGUGCGCACUAUGAUUGAAGUUAAUCCCAACGGUUACAUGCAGCAAAUCGAUCCUUCAAUCUACGAAAGGAAUUGCUUGAUGGAGUACGAAUUUGACCGUGAGUAG